UUUAAGAAUUAUUCACACUUUUCAUCGAUACAUCCUACCCGAUGGUCCUGGGUAAAUUGUGCUAUGAUGGAAGGCUAUACUAUACUCUCGCUUCUUCUCUGCAUCAGUGUGGCAAGCUCUAUCUCUAAUAAUGAUAUCAACGAUUGUUCUCCCGAUCCUUGUGAGAAUGGAGGAACUUGUAGUGAUGGAGUAAACACCUUUACUUGUGCCUGCGAUCCUGGAUAUACUGGGCCUACGUGUGAAACAGCUAUCUUGAAUGAGCCUGGCCCUCUGGGGCUUGAGAGUUAUGUUAUCCCGGAUUCAAGUAUGACAGCUUCCAGUGAGUAUAAUGCUGACCAUGGUGCAGAGAGAGGUCGUCUUAACCUGGCUCGAGACGGCAACCUGCGUGGAGCCUGGUGUUCACGAGCAAGAAAUGUCAACCAGUGGAUCCAGGUGGAUCUUUUACACCUUUACCGUAUCACUUCAGUUGCGACUCAAGGGCGAGAAGAUACAAGCCAGUGGGUAACAAGCUACAAACUUGCUUGUAGUACUGAUGGCACGAACUUUCACACCGUGCAGGGCAUCUCCACAAACCCUGGAGCUGACAGGAUCUUCACCGGUAAUGUUGACAGCAACACCAUCGUGACCAACACUCUGCCUGUACCCCAAAUGUGCCGCUAUGUCCGAUUGAUGCCUGUCAGCUGGUUCGUCAGCAUCAGUCUUCGUAUGGAGAUCUACGGUGAAGGCCCUUUCACAGGGGAGGCCAUAACCUGCAAACAAUGUUCAGCGGUAUAUUCAACAAACGACGAGGCUUUGAACAUACCAUAUAUCAUUAGAAGCUCAUGUACGGAGCCUAGGCCGACAGAUUGCGGAGGAAAUGCCAGCUGCGUGACAAUUAUAAGCCUGUUUAACUUCUGGCAUGAGACAGAAGGUCUCAUCGUCCUGACGACCAUGGACCGAGGAUGCAACCCCGCGCAGUAUAGCCAGUUGAUCCCGGCUGGAGACGUAUGUCUAGAUGAUGCGACAGUCGCAAUUAUCAAAGCAGAUUCGCCAGACCCAUUAACCAGCCUUCCGUCCCAUCUUCGUCCGAUGUACCUGAAUUCCAGCCUAAGCUUUUGUGUGUGUGACAGCGAGGACUUGUGUACCCCGCCCUCACCCGUCGCUCCGACCCCGCCCUCACCGGUCGUUCCGAUGACUGAGCCUGCCCCAGAUACCGACGAUUGUACACCUAAUCCGUGUCUGAAUGGAGGAGGUUGCACUGAUGGAGUUAACAACUUCACGUGUGCCUGUGCUGCUGGCUACGAAGGAAAUACGUGUGACACAGGGGAGGCCAUAACCUGCAAACAAUGUUCAGCGGUAUAUUCAACAAACGACGAGGCUUUGAACAUACCAUAUAUCAUUAGAAGCUCAUGUACGGAGCCUAGGCCGACAGAUUGCGGAGGAAAUGCCAGCUGCGUGACAAUUAUAAGCCUGUUUAACUUCUGGCAUGAGACAGAAGGUCUCAUCGUCCUGACGACCAUGGACCGAGGAUGCAACCCCGCGCAGUAUAGCCAGUUGAUCCCGGCUGGAGACGUAUGUCUAGAUGAUGCGACAGUCGCAAUUAUCAAAGCAGAUUCGCCAGACCCAUUAACCAGCCUUCCGUCCCAUCUUCGUCCGAUGUACCUGAAUUCCAGCCUAAGCUUUUGUGUGUGUGACAGCGAGGACUUGUGUACCCCGCCCUCACCUGUCGCUCCGACCCCGCCCUCACCGGUCGUUCCGAUGACUGAGCCUGCCCCAGAUACCGACGAUUGUACACCUAAUCCGUGUCUGAAUGGAGGAGGUUGCACUGAUGGAGUUAACAACUUCACGUGUGCCUGUGCUGCUGGCUACGAAGGAAAUACGUGUGACACAGGGGAGGCCAUAACCUGCAACGAAUGUUUAGCGGUAUAUUCAACAAACGACGAGGCUUUGAACAUAUCAUAUCUCGUUAGAAGCUCAUGUACGGAGCCUACACCGACAGAUUGCGGAGGAAAUGCCAGCUGCGUGACAAUGAUAAGACUGCUUAACUUCUGGCAUGAGACAGAAGGUCUCAUCGUCAUAACGACGAUGGAGCGAGGAUGCGACCCCGCGCAGUAUAGCCAGUUGAUCCCGGCUGGAGACGUAUGCCUAGACGAUGCGACAGUCGCAAUUAUCAAAGCAGAUUUGCCAGACCCAUCAACCAGGCUUCCGCCCCAUCUUCGUCCGAUGUACCUGAAUUCCAGCCUAAGCGUUUGUGUGUGUAACAGCGAGGACUUGUGUACCCCGCCCUCACCUGUCGCUCCGACCCCUUCCUCACCGGUCGUUCCGAUGACUGAGCCUGCCCCAGGGGAGGCCAUAACCUGCAAAGAAUGUUUUGCAGUAUAUUCAACAAACGACGGGGCUUUGAACAUACCAUAUAUCGUUAGAAGCUCAUGUACGGAGCCUAGGCCGACAGAUUGCGGAGGAAAUGCCAGCUGCGUGACAAUUAUAAGCCUGUUUAACUUCUGGCAUGAGACAGAAGGUCUCAUCGUCCUGACGACCAUGGACCGAGGAUGCAACCCCGCGCAGUAUAGCCAGUUGAUCCCGGCUGGAGACGUAUGUCUAGAUGAUGCGACAGUCGCAAUUAUCAAAGCAGAUUUGCCAGACCCAUUAACCAGCCUUCCGCCCCAUCUUCGUCCGAUGUACCUGAAUUCCAGCCUAAGCUUUUGUGUGUGUGACAGCGAGGACUUGUGUACCCCGCCCUCACCUGUCGCUCCGACCCCGCCCUCACCGGUCGUUCCGAUGACUGAGCCUGCCCCAGAUACCGACGAUUGUACACCUAAUCCGUGUCUGAAUGGAGGAGGUUGCACUGAUGGAGUUAACAACUUUACGUGUACCUGUGCUGAUGGCUACGAAGGUAAUACGUGUGACACAGAUACCGACGAUUGUACACCUAAUCCGUGUCUGAAUGGAGGAGGUUGCACUGAUGGAGUUAACAACUUUACGUGUACCUGUGCUGAUGGCUACGAAGGUAAUACGUGUGACACAGAUACCGACGAUUGUACACCUAAUCCGUGUCUGAAUGGAGGAGGUUGCACUGAUGGAGUUAACAACUUUACGUGUACCUGUGCUGAUGGCUACGAAGGUAAUACGUGUGACACAGGGGAGGCCAUAACCUGCAACGAAUGUUUAGCGGUAUAUUCAACAAACGACGAGGCUUUGAACAUAUCAUAUCUCGUUAGAAGCUCAUGUACGGAGCCUACACCGAGAGAUUGCGGAGGAAAUGCCAGCUGCGUGACAAUGAUAAGACUGCUUAACUUCUGGCAUGAGACAGAAGGUCUCAUCGUCAUAACGACGAUGGAGCGAGGAUGCGACCCCGCGCAGUAUAGCCAGUUGAUCCCGGCUGGAGACGUAUGCCUAGACGAUGCGACAGUCGCAAUUAUCAAAGCAGAUUUGCCAGACCCAUCAACCAGGCUUCCGCCCCAUCUUCGUCCGAUGUACCUGAAUUCCAGCCUAAGCGUUUGUGUGUGUAACAGCGAGGACUUGUGUACCCCGCCCUUACCUGUCGCUCCGACCCCGCCCUCACCGGUCGUUCCGAUGACUGAGCCUGCCCCAGAUACCGACGAUUGUACACCUAAUCCGUGUCUGAAUGGAGGAGGUUGCACUGAUGGAGUUAACAACUUUACGUGUGCCUGUGCUGCUGGCUACGAAGGAAAUACGUGUGACACAGAUAUCAACGAUUGUUCUCCCGAUCCUUGUGAGAAUGGAGGAAUUUGCAGUGAUGGAGUGAACACCUUUACUUGUGCCUGCGAUCCUGGCUAUACUGGGCCUACGUGUGGAACAGUUUCACAUUCCACAGGAAGUUCUAGUGGUGCAGAGUUGCGACUUGCCGGAUCAGGUAGCUCCGCCAAUCAAGGUCGAGUUGAGGUGUAUGCCAAUAGGCAAUGGGGAACAGUAUGCGGCGAUCUUUGGGGCCAGAACGACGCUAAUGUAGUGUGCAGGCAGUUGGGCUUCCCUGGAGCUUAUGGCUACACGAACGCCCAGACUUUCGGCGCCGGUUCAGGACCCAUCCUUAUGGACAAUACGAGAUGUGUAGGCAACGAAACUUCAAUCAUGGACUGCCCGAAGAACGCAAUGGGUGUCCACAAUUGCCAGCACUCUGAUGAUGUUGGAGUGAUAUGUCGCGUUGCUCAAGGGAUUUCUCGUGGUGCAGAGGUGCGACUUGCUGGAUCAGGUAGCUCCGCCAAUCAAGGUCGAGUCGAGGUCUAUAUAAAUGAGCAAUGGGGAACAGUAUGCGACAAUCUUUGGGGGAUCAACGACGCUGAUGUAGUGUGCAGGCAGUUAGGCUUCCCUGGAGCUUCUCGUGCCACGAGAGAUGCCAAGACUUUUGGCGCAGGCUCAGGACCCAUCCUUCUGGACAGAGUGAAAUGUGUAGGCGACGAAACUUCAAUACUGGACUGCAUGAAGAGCGCAAUCGGUGUCCACAAUUGCCUUCACUCUGAUGAUGCUGGAGUCAUAUGUGACAUAGUUUCAAAUUCCACAGGAAGUUCUAGUGGUGCAGAGGUGCGACUUGCCGGAUCAGGUAGCUCCGCCAAUCAAGGUCGAGUUGAGGUCUAUAUAAAUGGGCAAUGGGGAACAGUAUGUGACGAUUUUUGGGGGCAGGAAGACGCUAAUGUAGUGUGCAGGCAGUUGGACUUCCCAGGAGCUUAUGGCUACACGAACGCCCAGACUUUCGGCGCCGGUUCAGGACCCAUCCUUAUGGACAAUACGAGAUGUGUAGGCAACGAAACUUCAAUCAUGGACUGCCCGAAGAACGCAAUGGGUGUCCACAAUUGCCAGCACUCUGAUGAUGUUGGAGUGAUAUGUCGCGUUGCUCAGGGGAUUUCUCGUGGUGCAGAGGUGCGACUUGCUGGAUCAGGUAGCUCCGCCAAUCAAGGUCGAGUCGAGGUCUAUAUAAAUGAGCAAUGGGGAACAGUAUGCGACAAUCUUUGGGGGAUCAACGACGCUGAUGUAGUGUGCAGGCAGUUAGGCUUCCCUGGAGCUUCUCGUGCCACGAGAGAUGCCAAGACUUUUGGCGCAGGCUCAGGACCCAUCCUUCUGGACAGAGUGAGAUGUGUAGGCGACGAAACUUCAAUACUGGACUGCAUGAAGAGCGCAAUCGGUUUCCACAAUUGCCUUCACUCUGAUGAUGCUGGAGUCAUAUGUGACAUAGCUGAAAGACGCAGCAUGGGGGAAUUGGAGUUAUAUCAUAACAUCGAAGAACAGGUGGCUGCUGAAGAACGAUCCAAUGCCAAGAAGGAUGCUGACUUGAAGAAGAAAAAUGUCCUCCAGGCUCUAUCUGAUUUCCUGGCCAAACUCAAGGACAAAUAGAUGAUAUAAGGCAGCGGACACACUGAACUUGGGGCGGACUGGGAGCUAAGAUAUAUAGAGGCUUUUUUCUGCACGUUCGCUUGGCCGUUUAUUCAUUCACGGUUGGGUGAUGUCACUUCAUAUAAAUAGGUGUGACGCGCGAUCGUUACAGUGGAGUCGAAAAGGACCCUAUUUUGUGCAUACUUUCAAGAACAUUUUCCCCACAAAUAAAGAAAACAUGAUCCAUUUUGCCCAAGAGCUGGUACAAAGAUUAGGCUCUAGAUACAAUCCAUAUGUUUAGCUUUAAUAUCGAGUACACAAACACAAAAAAUAGCCCCCUUUAGCCUGUUUUCGAGAAGAAAAAUAAAAUAUACGCGUUCACAUGUUUGUGAUUAAAUAUCACCCCUUUACAUCAAUUUCAUGCUCUUUAAAAAAAUUCCUCUUUUCAAAUCCGCAAUCAUUCCCGCCAACUACCCAUUUUACACGAAAUUUCUACCUAUCAUGUGCCACACACCGUGUCAAUAAGCAGUGCUACCAACGCGAAGAGACUUAACACAUUUUGACAAAAGUUGGAUUCCAGGGCCGUCCCCUAGUCUAUACCCCCCCCAACAUUACGAAUUGCCUAAAUUUUACUAACCCUAGGUUUCUAACCACUGUGCUAAUUUUGUUACCUUAAAGGGAUAGUUGAGUUCUGUUGCAGAGGGUGCUACACAACCUAUUUUGUUUGUGAGAUGAUGAAAAACUGAUAUGUCAAAUUUGAAAGAACACACAAUUUAAAUGACGAAGUCACCUUUGUUUCAGGAAAAUCGGUUCAGAUACGGCUGAAAUAUGCAUAAAUAUAACGAUUUCUAAUACUUGUGUACCACCACAAAUAAGA